AUGUCGAACAAAUCGACGCCAUCACCGCGGCAGCGGCCCGACAGCCAGAUUGACGAGUCACAACUACCCGCUGGCCACUGCCGGUACAUUUUGCUCGUGCCCGAGGUCAAGGGUCAGCGGUGUGGCUGCGCCCAUUUCAAUCUCAACCGGUCCACGCCGGGUGCCAUCUGCGAAUGCGGCCACCUCUCGUGCUACCACGUCAGCUACGGCGAGCCGCUGUCCACAUCCGAAAACCAGGAACUGACGUUAGUGAAGCAGCGCCUUGAACUGUUGGAGCGUGAACAUGUCGAGCUGCACCAACUCCGCCGCGACUUUAUGAUGAUGCAGCAACGCAUCGGCCAAAACCACGACCGGCACCACGAGGCCAUUGUGCGCGUCAGCGAGCUUGAGGAACAGGUUGAGAAAGUCCGCAAUGAAGUGAAGGAGGACGUACGAGAAGCCUACCGGAAUUUGGGCCGUGCCUGGGACUCCAUAACAGACUUGAUGCACGGCAAGAAAAUGGAAGAAAGCCACUUCCGGCACGUCACCGAACGCCUGCAAGAUAUCGACAGCAAAAUCGCCCACAUUGGUGAACGGCAACUCGAACUGGUCGACAUGGACAUCUCACUAGAAGGCCGCAUCGAAGACUUGGAGGAGCUCGAAGACCGGAUUGAAACCCUCGAGGAGAACGGACCUACCGAAUCCAAGUCAAUGAACAGCAGCACACGCUCAACACAAAACGGCUACAACAAGAACAGCACAUCAACAUCACGAAACCCCACACGAGCCAGUGCCUCACGACCAGUACAUGAUGUUGAUCAAGACCAGCGGACACGAACACGACCGCAGGCGCGGUCUCCGUCGCCGGCCUUCACCCUGGACCCGUCAACACCAAAAGCGACAACAUCUGAUUCGCUACCUACGCAUCAACGGGCAAACGCCAUAACAUUGCCCGAUGCGUCUACACAUACGGUUACUGCUGCAGCAGCUGAUGCCUCUUCGUCAGCACCGGUAUCCACAAAUGGCUCCGACCAGCAAGCCAACAACACCGCGACAGCGACGCCACCAUCAGCUUUGCUUCCGCCGGCCGUGAUUGCCGUGCGAAAUGCUGUACGUACCAACCAAGCGAGUUCCGCCAGACUGUGGACCGUCCAUGUCUCACUGCUGCCCACGUCUACGCGGCCGUUUCCUUUUGAGCGUGACACGAAUGCCUACAAUCGCUGUCUCUCCCGAGGAUUGCACCAGAUGGUCGUCGUCUGCGGCACGAGUGCGGACGCCUUUGAAGAGGCCAUCACCAACACCUUUGGCCGCAUCCUCCGAGGACGCAAAUGGGCGCCGCUGCAGGCGUUGCCAUGUACAGCCGAAACACUGGCGGGCCUCCCUAUGCUACGGCCGCUGGACCCGGCAUUGCUGGAUGAGCCUUUUGACAUGGAAUUUUUGCGGAACCACUGCGCGGUCUGCGACAUCAACGGCAAGAUCGAUUCGCUUUACAUUGCGAUGCGCGAACGGACACUUUCAUGGCACUCGAUCCGGCGCCUGCCUGUGUUUUUGGGCGGCCUUGAGCCCUGCUGGGGCUUUGACUCGCUGCUCGACGCCAACGACCCAUUUGUGGAGGACGAGUUUGAGAACGACGUCAACAGCAGCGAGGACGAGGUCAUGGGCGGCAUGCCGCGCCCGUCGGCGGGGGACAUUGUAGCGACGAUUCCUUCGCUGAAGCGGGCAGCGUCGGAGAUGUCACGAUCGUCGAGCUUUGGAUCGGUCGCCGGUCCGUCGGCAUCAGCAUCGAGCAACGCCAAAGGCCCUGCGCCCACAUCAACGGGCGCUGCAACAACGUCCUCGGCGACGGCAACAUCCACGCCAAGUGCUGCAGAGGGUGAGGGAUCCCGCCCCAAAGUACCACGGAUCUAUCCCUUGCCUAACAUGGUGGAGGUCCGUAGAGGUGUCAAGACUUCUUGA